AUGAAGUACAAGAUUGCGAUUUUCUUUCUGUUCGGUGUCUUUAUGGUUGAGACGAAAGUGGUUAGGGAUCAAAAUAAAUUCACGGUAGGAUUGCAUGGGCAGUUAUUUCAUGCAUGGUUAUGUUAUUUGGUUAACGCAGGACUCCAUUGUCCUAUACAGUAUGUGCCAUUGUGACAUAUGAAAAGGAUCAUAAGCAUGUUACAAUCUCAACUGCAACUUGAAAACCAAAGCUAUACUGGUGUUUACAUGGUAGCGGGUUGGUUUUCGCUUCGUUCGCGAAACGUUACGGUCAUUGUAAACAGCUUUGUGCCUGCUCUUCUAUUGCCGUGGUCUUUUCUUUUAUCGGCUAUUUACCAAAAACAGAAAUAUUGCCAAAGUAUUUAUUUGCCACGAUUGGUGUAUACAUUUUCACGUCCCUACGGAAAGCUAUCCGGAAAAGUGUAAACGUAGCCUUUAUAAUUUCAUAUGUAAAUACAAGCCCUAUUUGGUACAAUCUCGUUCUCAGAGUAUGCCCGUCUGCAGGUUAGGUGCUGGGCAUGAUUCUGGAGAAACAGAAUGAGAUUUUCAAUUUCAUUGGCUGCCGUGAGAUCAAUGACACCCAAACCGGAAAUUGGUUUCAAGUGCGGGAAUUACGCGGGGAAAUUCCCGAAUACGACGUAAACAAGACAAAAAUACACGAAAUCGUACAAUAUUAAAGACCUCUCCAAUUAAUUACGUGUAUUUGCAAGAUUUCAAAUACCGGUGAAAUACAUUAAUUCUGAUUGAAGAUUUGCGAUCUGUACACUUUUAUAUCUUAGAGUUAUACACCUUUACAUGUACACUUUUAUAUCUUAGGGUUAUACACUUUUAUAUGUACACUUUUAUAUCUUAGGGGUUAGGGUUGUUGUUCUAAUAGUUAGUCGUUCUCUGGUUUUUAAAGAUUUAUUAAACGAGCUUUCGACUGCCAGUCUGCAGUCUUCAGGCCCGGUCAGGUGUUUUGGGUAUACGCGGGUAUCUUGGGCAUUUUAUUUGAGGUACAUGAUAUCAGGACAGUUUAGUUUGGGUAACCUUAAUUAACCCCCUCUCCUGACCGGGCCUGAGUCUUCAACGGCUAAGUGAUAAUGAGUUACAUGCAAUAAACAUUGGUUUACAAUAACAUAUACAAACAAUUUUAAUUCUAAAAAUAUCUUGAACACUUUAAAUAAUAGUUUAAUUAUCAUACCUAUUAUGUAGGCGGAACUGUUAAUUGUGUGUAUAAUUAUGUAAUUGUAAACCAGUGUUUUUUCCAUGAAACUCAUUACUGGCAUUCGAAACUGCUGGUUUAAUAAAUCUUUAAAACAAGAGAACGUUUAACUAUUAAUAUGAAUAAUCCUGAUUACGCUUCAACCAUUUCUAAACUUAUGUUAUAAAUACCGAUAUGAAAGCUGACUGACAUGGCUGAUUCCCGAAACAAAUUUAAUGUUUUGCAUUGUUGAAAGAAUUCCCCUGCAAUUCAACUAUGCUAGUGAUUGGCAUUGUUGGCUUUUUUAGCUUUCAGUUCUGGAAAUUACCUUCAAAAACUUAUUAAUAAUUUAGGAGGAAAACACAAAGAAAAAUCAUAAGCGUGUCGUGGUUUUAUAUGUGAUAAAAAAUCAUGUUAAUUUACAUAAACUUUAGCUUUGAUUUUCUCGGUUUACACAAAGUUUAUUUUAAAAAUUACUUCGCCAAUGAACUCGUAUAAGAUGAGUCGUUUUUGAAGCCAUUUAAAGCACUUGUAGUCGUGUUUUAUCACAUAUAAAACACUCCGCUACGCGUCGUGUUUUAUAUGUGAUAAAACACUCCUACGCGUGCUUUAAAUAGUACAUAACUCCUGAAUGAAUAUACUGGUAAUUUUGUGAUCAAUGGAUCAGUUACAAAUACAUUAAGGCAUGGAGUUGCCAUAUUGUAGUAGUGCAAUAUUAGAUAAAAUUUUUAAUUUUAUAACAAAUCUACUGUUAAGUCCUCACCAUCCUCCUGUCGAAUUAUAAUUAAGCCUAAGCCUCAGAACAAAGGAAGAAACCUUUUAGAACAAAGGAAGCUUCCGUCCUCUUCAGAACAAAGAAAUACACAUGUCAGUGCUGAUUUGAUUUAUUGAUUAUGAAAGUACAUGCUAUAGUUCCUAGACUCCAUGCCUGAAAUAAAUAAGCUGUUUGGGGCUUAGCAGAAGAUAAACAAUACAGCAGUAUAGAGUGCCAACCACUCUCCCUCUCCACCCAACAAAUCCUGAAAGCCUUUGAAUGAAAAUAACAAUAUUUUUUCAACCAUGAAAUCAUAGGUUGGAAAUGGAUUAAACUAUAAAUUGCCAGAAAUUAAAUUAAAGAGCUGAGAUUUAUAACACCAAUCCAGACUUCCCACCUUUGAAAUGAUAUUAUGCUAACAAUAUGGAUGUGAUAACUCAUACUGGCAGCAUGUCAAAAUGUCAUCCUACAUUCUGCAACAUUAGCCAACUAUGGCUUAUAAAACGUGUAUAUACAUAUUCAAUAUAUAGCAAUAGUAGCUGGUUAUCCUGACUUGACUUGCCAUAUGCACCAAUGUCAGGACAUCAGAGUCAUGAAGAGAUAUGGUAAUAUGCAUAAUUGUCAGAAGGUGAGGGUAUUUCAAAAUGUAUCAUGACAGAUUGUCUAAUAAUGGCAGAUUACCCACACAGUGGGACCCCAGUAUUUGAAUAGGAAAUUUACCAAUACCCUGCCUCGCCUGCAACCUUUCAGACCAGGGCCUCUUUUAAUACCAUAUAUGGCGGGACUUGUCCUCCCUCCAGUCCCUGGUUUGGCCCCUCCAGCGAUUAUGUUGUUCUUCCCAGUGAAGGUCCCUUCUGUCUAAAAUAUAAGCACAAAAGGGAAGAAUAACGAAAUUAAGAAGAGUAUUUUAGUAUUUCCAUGACCAAAUCUUUGUCUAGCGAAUUGUGUCUAAAAAUACCGAAAAUCAAGCCCCAGACACUUAUUAAAAAGGCAAUAUUUUUCUUACCCAGAAAAGUUCCCAUUUUUCUCGUUCACCACCUCCUCUGCCUCAUCGCUUCAGUUUCGAAUAGAGAUCUGUGAGGGAACAAUGGGAAAAUAAAUUAGUGUUUAUUUAUAAAGUGAAAAAUAGUGAGCUACCAGAAAGUAUGAACCAAUUGUUCGAAAUCACUAAUAAUCAGAACUACAAUUUACGCAGUAAGGUAUGAUUUUCUUUUACAAAAACCAAAAACAAAUUACAUGAAAAAAGCAUUAGUUAUAAUGGAGCAAUAGCGUGGAACAAUUUGUCAAAUAAUGUAAAAGCAACAAAUAUGUCGUUUGGCCAAUUUAAGGCUGCUCUCCACCGCAAAUAAUACGUGAUUCUCUUCUGUAAAUAGUUUUCCAUAUUUGAAUAAUUUCUUGCAUGUUAGUUAAGUUUCUUUGUUAUUAUUCUGUAAAUAUCUUUCUAUUUGACAACAUUUCCUGCACGUUAAAUCUUAAUUACGUUGUUGUGAUUUUGUAAAUAAUGUAUAUUUUUAAUUUAAUAUUUUGUAAAUAUUUUAACGGCCCCUUGGAAAUCAACUACCUAGGUGUGUUGAAGGGUUACCGGUCUUAAAUAAGAGUACAUAAAAAUAAAAUAAUAAUAAGCUACAAUUCACUGAAUUCAGUCAAAUCAGCUACAAUUUGUACAGAAUAAAUUCAUCAAAAUUAUCGUGAUUGUAUAGCUUGGAAAGAACAAUGAGUCCUGUGAACAAUGGGAACUUCGAAACUUUAUCAGAAAAUAUAUGGGGAUUUACAUAAAAUCAUAUCCCUGACGGGCACGCCUAUUACAUUUCUGUUUUUAGAAACAACGCUAGUGCCACAGUUUUUAAAAUAGAGUCUCAAAAUUUUGUGUACUUAUACUAAUUUUGACCGGCUCUUUUCAUUUCUGGUACUUAUGAAGUGCUAUAUCAUUUUAAAUUAACUUACAAAGGGUGAUUAUAAUUAAAGUCUAUUCUUUGUUCUAUUCUCACUCCAGUUGCAAGUUAUGCUAGUUGUAUGUACGUACACUCGAUCAACAGGCAUGAUAAGACAUCUCAUGUGGUCGUAAUUAAUAUUGACUAGAACUGUGAUAUUGGUACAGCCUGGUUGCCAAGAUACUGUUAUUAAAUGACUAAAGUAAUUAGAUUAAAAAGUAAAUUUGAUUACUAAUUUCAGACUACGAGUUAGGGUAGCGAACCAUUACAGAAAGCGUGGGGUAGAUUUGACCAAAUUCCCUAACUUAAGUCAUUCAAGUCUAGCUAUUGACUUGACUCGACUUAAACCAGUGACUCGACUCGACUGAAGCCGCUGACUCGACUCCACUCGAUCAGAAACUGAAAUGACUCGACUCGUGACUCGACCUUUGAGUGACUCGACUAGUGACUCCACCUGUAAGUGACUCGUUACACACUGCUUUCAACAAUAACAUUUCUUAUGAUUCAGCCGAAUAUCUUUCUCGGAUGGAUGUUUACGAUAUAAAUAUCCUCUAGAACAACAAUUUUUUUUCAGAUAGGCGCACCCUUCAAGUGAUAGUUCAUUUGUUAGUCGUCAAAGAGAAAGAUGCGAAGCACCUUAUUUUCGCCCUGUGUUGGAGGAGGACCACGGUAGUGUUCAGGCAAGUGUGGGAGUGUGGGGAGACCAAGACUGGACGUGUCACAACAUGUGAUCGAAACUCUCAAUUCUCAAGUUGGACUUGCCUGAGAAGAAAUUACAAGAAAUUUUGAAUGUCUGAGAGUACAAUACGACGACGACGUCGACGUUAAUUUGUCUUAGCUUAUACGAACAGGGAAUCAGAUUCCACCAUAACUCAUAAGGGACAAUGAUCUUAGCUUGAUCUACUUGUUCGUGGUAUCUUACAAGUAACACCCAUGAUUGGCUAUAGAUUAGUACAAGUAUAUUUAUAUUUCUCUCGUAAACAUCCACACGGCGAGAUAGAUAUUCGGCUGAAUCAUAGGAAAUUUUAUUGUUAAAAGACAAGCUCAGCAAUGUUUGUAAAGAGCGAAAGAAUUCUUCAAUUUCAAAAUCGUUAAGCUGGCUUCUUGGUUCACUUCCGUUUCCUGACUUCCUCUGUAUUUUAAGUUGCUUAUUUCCUCUUCCUUUCGAUUUAUAGUUUAUUUACUCUCUAUUGCCUUAUUUUUUCCUUCGCCCAACGUUUGUCUUUUGACGUAUGAACGCGAAGCUGAAACUCUCUAUUAAAAUAUUGUUGUUUUUAUAUGCAUGUGUCGUGUUAUCGAGCCGUUCCACUUAUGAAUUUAUGACAAUUUACAAUAGACUCGCUGUUGGCUGCUAGCUAAGCAAAUGUUCUUUGCUUGUCCUUGAGUAUAUUACAAAUCCUUUCAUAGUACUUCUUGCGAUUUUGUCCAAUAUGAAACUGAAAGAGUGCAGUAUGUAGAUCUUACGUAGCGAUGUCGCAAAUUCAAUCCACAAAGAAUACAACAACUGAACCUUUCAAUUUCAAAUUAGCUAGCUAUAACGUAUUGUAGUAAAGAAAUACUGAUUUCUUUUAAAUUUUCUAAUUUUUAUUUCUUUGAUUUUUGUCCCGUGGAGUACAAGAACUUGUGUUCUUACCCAACCAUUAAUUCAAAGCAAUUAGAGAAAAAUAUCUUUGUAUGGUUCAGUUAAAAAACAUUUUAUACAAUAAAUUUAUCGACAGUCACCUUUUGUUUAUUUUCUUGCAUAAUACUACUUCUAACACAUGUAGACUAUAAUUAUUUCUAGUUUUUAGGUUGUCACGUUCAUUAUUCCGCUGGCAUUUUCAUAGAAAAGGCAAAACAUCGAAGUCGUUUCCAUUUUGAGUUUUUGACAACAUUUGGAACACUGACAACACGUUCGCAAUACAGAUUUUAGUAAUGUUGACGCAUGCGCAGACGUUUUCCCGCGGUGUUCAAUUAAGGUGGCUCAUCAGUUUUGCAUUGCGCAACUUUACUGCGUAUAUCUAAUAACAAAUUCUAGCUGAUAUAUAUAGUCGAACUACAGUGUGAAACUAGUGAGAAAAAAAGAUUAACGACAAAGAGAAACACACUCUGCAUUGAUUAGACGUGCUUCAGGAAAUAUACCUUCAAAAAUGACAGAACUCUGGCCAGGGUUGGCUGUGUAACUAACGCUAAGUCACAUCAUGUUGCAUGUUUAACCCUUGUAGCAAGCCGUAGCUGGUUCUCAAUUUCGGGGAGGGGGGGGGGGGCACUACUGAAAAAUUUAGCAGUGUGAAUGUUAUUGUGUCCGGUUGCAGCUCUGGAAAAAGUGGUAAAAAUACGUUUUUCUAGACCAUGAAGAAUGUUACAUUUGUCCUUUAUUUCUUAAAACUUUAAAGUAAACAUAGGAACCAACUUUCCAGCUCUAAAAUGAACUUAACCAAACAUGGGAGCCACAGGAAUUAUAAUCUGAUUAAUAGUUUAUACAAAAAGGGAAUCGCCGCUUUAAAGUAAAUCAGGGUCAAUUGUAUAGCUUCGGCAAAAAAUUAUUAAAAUCAGAGAGAACAAAUUUUGUGGGUUGGGGCUCGGAGGUAUGAUUUCAAUUUUGUUUCCUGCCUUGUAGUUCCUUAAGAUAAUCCUUGACGCUAUAGCUACUACUUUAUUUUAUAUUUUUGUUGUUCGUUUAUACGUUUUACAUGUGAUAUCAUUUCAUAUGAUUUCUACAACUUUUAAUAAUUGCGGUUAUUGCGUGCAUAUCCCCAACUGAAUAACAUGUCUGAGGAGAGGGAAAAAACAUGUUUGCACCAACGACGACAAUGCAUGCACCUCUACGGUUUUUGAUUUGCUAAAAUACCAUGUUUUUUAUAUAUAAUCACUAGAAAGACAUUUUUGGUAGGAUCCUUGUUAAAAAAUUCAAUAACGGUUGAGCAAUUGCGAUUAUUCCUGUAACUCGUAAAAUGGACAUGAUAGCGCCAUAUGGGGAAAACGUGGCAUACUGCACUUGUCAUAUGCUGGAAGAGGUCGGUGAUCCCAAAUUUUUCCCGCGUUGUUAUUAUGAGCAUAUCAUAAACAUCACCCCUGAGAAAUUUCAGCAAAUUCUCAUUUCCAGAAAAUCAGCUUUUAAUGAAUGAUCCAGCUAUAGACUAAAUUUUGAUCUAGGUUAGAAGAAGAAAAAAACAAUCUCUGCAACCAGAAAGAGCAUGUUAAAUUAAAAUUAGUAAAAUUGCAAAGUUUGGUUGUAAAAUGUUGUAAAAUGAGGAAAAUAUAGCCAUACGAAAUUUGCAAAUUUUGUAUUAAUUUGUAUUACUAUUCAAUUUUGUGUAUGCCAUGCAGCUUGCAUUAAAAAACAUUAGGGACUGAUCAUUAUUUAUGGAAGGGGAGAGGGGAAUUUUUUCAUUCUUAAAUUUUUAUAAUUGAAAGCCCCCCCCCCCCCGUUAAAAGAGCAGAAAUUUAAUGAUGACUCCCAUUGAAAUUAGAAUGUUUUUCUUUGACCCUUCCAUUUUCAUUUUUACUCGUCAAAUAGCCAGGCGUCACAGAGUUAAUUAUUAAUUAUAAUUAAUUAAGAUAUUAACGUCGACCAAAAAUAAAUAUUAUCAGAAAAUUAUGAGUAAAACGAGUAUUUUUAUAUAUAACACAAAAAUCAUAUCCAUGUCAAGAUAGCUGACUGUAAUAAUACAUCGUCAAUUAAUCUCUGCAAUCAGUAGACUGAUUUAAUUGCAUACAGUACACAAAAGACCGGAUAAAUCCAGACUGUUUCACAUGACUUUGUCUAGCAUGCGAGUCUGCGAGUUGCGAAUCUGCGAGUCCCAACACAGGAACCCCAGGUCAUAUAGUUGUUUAUAUUUUUAGCCCGCAUAACAUUGGACUGUCCGCGCCUGCUCUUGGGAUCCUGCAUGUUUACUGAAUGUUCCUUCGCGGAUUUUAAAGCGAAUUAAAGCUCUUUGAUUAAAGCAUCGUUGUUUUGAGAGUUGUAUGUAUGUUAUCGUUCUUGUCGGGGAAUAUCGAUUAAAUUCGAGAGAAAUGCAUUUAAAGUCGAAAAAUUGAGGAACGUAUUUUGGCGCUAUGCAGGCACGGACGACCCAAUGCUAUGCGGGCUAAAAAUAUAAACAACUAUAUAACCUGGGGUUCCUGUGCUGUGACUCGCAGAUUCACAACGCGCAGACUCGCAAGUUGCAGACUCGCAAUAUAGCCGACCUCAUUUCACAUCAGUGACCAUGAUUUAGUCGCAACAUUUACAACCAAAUGGAUACAACAAAUCAGGCUUAUUAAGGCUUACAAAUCAGGCUUAUUUACAACCAAAUCAGGCUUACUAAGCAAAUUCCUAAGAAUUUAAUUGCACCCCCCGUCCUCAUUUUUUUUUUAAAAAGCUAGUCGUUUACUUAUACAUAUGGCCCUUCUCCCCUAUUUUUGCCCUUCCCCUUCCAUAAACAAUCACCGUUCCCUUAUUUAUUGUGAAUUAUCGAGUUUAAUAAUAAGAAUAGCUUAAAAAUGUCGCAGAUAUAUGAAUAAAAUCGGCACCACAAAGCUAGUACGGCAUGGAAUUUUACUUACCAAAGUGUUUAAUCUUGCCCAAACCGGCACAACAACGAUUAAAUAAUUAAUAACAUAAACAUCAAAACAAUUAUUACAAACUUUGUUUGACGGUUGAACAUCCACUAAUUCAUGAAACUGCAGGCUUAUUUACAGUUAAAAUCGAAGGAAAAAACGUUCUGUACUUUUGUAAACUAUUUUACGACAUUUAAAACAAAAAUUUGCUGUAAAACAGCACAAUACGUCCUUUCAAAAUGAAAAAACAUUUAGCCGGAGUUUGCACUUGCGCAAGAGGAUAACGUCGAAAUCCGCCCAUGAUAUAAACAAAAUGCAGGACAACUUUGCACUUUGCUAUGUUUUCUCAUACCAGGGUAUAAUUAGCCGUGCGGAAUUAGUACCCUCGCCCCGUGAGCCCCGCUCGGCGCCUUGGCUCGGGGAUGAAGUUGAGAGAAAGGAUUUAUGCACCGGAUUCCAGACCAUAAUAUCUUUACAGACUAUUGUUACGUUUUCUUGCAAAACCAAUUAAUGCUGUAAAUGUAUGUUUAAUGUCCUGGUUUGCAUAAACACACCUGACAGUAUAUUUAUAGCUUACUAAACAUGUAUUUAUAGGGACCUGGGUGUAACUAAAUAAUGUGGUUUUACUCCCAUGUUUGUUACGGAGAAGAUUUUGGUGAGGUACACAAUAACUAGGAACUCAGCAUCCAGAAAUUUUAGUAUGCAUGCGAGGCGAACGAAGAAAUGAUUCUAUUAUAUCCAUGUUUGCAUUCAGAAACUAAAUUUGCCAGCCCCAUUUUUUGUUUUUUCGUCGUUUCGUAUUUAUGUUAUUGUACUGCAUGAAUCCAAUAACGGUAACAAUAUAUGGUGAAAUGGUUUAUAAAACAUUUCACUAUCUCUGUGAAAAAACUUUCACUCAAAUAGUGGACUGACUUCAGGCCUAUAGAGAGACGUUAUAGAACGCAGGGAAACUUUUUAAAACAUGAAACACCGCAGUAACAUGCUCAAUUGUUCUAUGGUCUACCGUUAUGUAGAAAGCCAAACUUGAGAAUGGUUAUGACCCUGGGAAGUGUAAUCAAAGCAACCAUGCUAGAUUUAUUGUUGUGAAGGAUCGUGAAAACAACGACAGACUCUUGAUCUGUGCUGAAGAAAAUGAUGUUUAUAACUGGAAAACAACUGAUGGUGAGUUUUUGUGGGUUUUUUAUGUGGAGUAUAUUAGCACUUCAUACACACCAUGCACACAAAGCCCAAUCAUAUAAAGUUUUUUGUGAUUCACGUCAGCUUUCACACAAAAGUAGAAAAAUGGAUAUACAGUAGACAGAGAAUUAAAAACUUUCUUGGGAGCAUCUUGGAAAUGCUUGCUGAGCAAUAUUUUGAUCAGAAUUCCUAUGUGAGGUUUAUAAGAGUUAAAAAGAGAAAAUGAAAAGUUAUGUUCAUAUAGCACUGUGGUUCAAUUUUGAAGUUAAAUAUUCGUAAUUCAAUUCGUUCUUAAUCAUACAAAAUAGUUCCUAAACAUUGUAGGAAAACCUGGAUCUAUGUUUCGAUCAUUACCUUUUUGAAGACCACAGUUUCCACAGUAUAGUCUUUAAAUCCAGCAGAAGCUAAUACUAGACAGAUUGUAAAUAUGAGCAAUGUCAUGCAAAUGGUCAAAAAAUAUAUGGAGGUUAUCUCCAUAUACUCGUUUCAAUCGUAUAUGGAUAUAGUGUAAAGAGCUAUCUUCGGAAUUGUUCCACAUUUAGUUGUCCCUGUUGCGUUUUUUUAAAUUUAAAGUUUCAGCAUUUUCCGCAUAAUAACAGAAUCAUAUUGUAUGCUGCAUAAAUUAUUUGGUCGCUUUUCUUAACUGAAACGACCUCCGACCUCAGCCCCACCCAAUUUGUCCAUCAUUUCUCGCAAUGGAAUCCUGCUCCCAAUAACAGGUAGGCAAUUUGUCGACGCUGACCAAAAAUAGCGGCUCAUUUCUUCUUUGAGUUUCCAUUUUCGCGUCGAAGAGCAAAAAUAUAGACUUUCGGAGAAUAUUUUAGCUGUUUACUAUCAAAUAUGUUUGUGAAACAGUUAAUAAUCUCACUGAGGAAGGCCAACGGUUUCUGAAAAGCUAAAGUACGUCGAAAUCAGCUUUGGAAUAGACUAUAUUUUCACCGGGGAAACAUGAACAAAAUGGAUAUUUACAUCAACACUAAAUUUUGCUGGUGCCUACAGAGCUAGUUGGAUUAAAACAGAUGUUAAGAAGUAAGUGAAAAUGUGAACUUUGUGAAUUAUACUUUCAUUAAAAUGUUUCAGAAGGUUUGCUAAUGUCAAACUACACGUGUGACAGAGCUGUCAGUAUACCCAUAUUUCAAUGUUUAUGUUGAAAUGACCUAUCUUCUUUGAGGUAUAGCUUAAAAUUUAGGGUAUGCUCAUCACUUGAAACUAGCUUUAAAUCAAAGUUUUAUCUAUAGUCUUUAUAUUAGAAUUAAAAUCAUUCAUGGGGAAAAUGUGCCAAAGGGUUGAAAUUGCCCUUGUAAAUGUACACUAUUUUUGACAUGCUUGGGUUAGUAUUUUGAAAAGGUGUUCUGGAAGGAAAAUAUGUCUUGAACAAUACUAGUUGACCCUUAAAUUAUAACUAGUGUUAUGUAAAUCACAGAAAAUUGAAAAAAAUCUGGUCCAUACACAAUAUUUUGGACCCUAUGAGAUCCCGAAUGGGGCUUAUUUCAAUGUUGAACCUGUUUACCUGGAAAAACUUAGAAAAUUGAAUAAGUCAAGAAAUUGACUAUGCUCAUCACCCAAAACCAGGUUUUUCUAAUUGCUUUUUCACCUGGAUUUGUGGCAAUGCCAGUUAUGCGACCACGAAAAAUGCGCGCGGCACUUUUUUUGGACACUGAAGAUGGUAACAUUUGAUGUUGUCAUAUAUUGCCAUCCUCUUAUCGUAACAUAACUUAACUUAUUUUAGUGAAAUUGUUAAAGAGUUGUGUUCACUAUAUGCGUGUAGUAUCUAAGAUUUUUUCAUAGCAUUAUAUGAUAAAUUUAAGUUCUGUUUUCUAUUUUUAGGUGAUAGUAGCUGUUCAUUCCAGUGUUGGUAUCAAAUUUUGGACAAGUUUCAAUUAUUAUUUCACAUUCCUUUAUUCAAAUAUCCAAAUAAAUGGAAUAUGACAUCAAGCUGGAGGACUAGAUCCUGUUUUCAAACUUGUUUUUUUGUAAAAAUAGAAAAUAACAACUUAUUCUGUGUUGUUCUAAUAAAAACCAUUGUUUUUGAUAUGCAUAUAUCUUAAUUUUAUUCUUUGUUAAAAUGUGUACCUGGAAUACUGAAAUCUUUCAGAUCAGCAAACAAUACCUUUAUAACUUAUAUAGCCAAGUGUUCUAUCUAUUUUUGUUCAGAUUAAACAAAUAAUGGGUAAAAUAUUAGAUAACAUUUUUUCCAAAAAUAUGAGCGCUUGCCUGUUUUCAAAGCAUAAAAAGCAAUAAAAUAAAGCAAUUAUUUUUUAUUUAAAACCUUUGGAAUGCACAGCUUAAUGUUUUCCACGAAAUAUUACAAAGUUUCCGUUCAUUAAAAUGUUGUUUUAUCAACUUUAAAACCAGAUAAAUCCUCGAAACACUCCUGAUAUAUGUCGCCAUAUUGAUUUUCUGCGCGCAUGCGCAGACAAAUUGCCUACCUGUUGCUCCCAAUAAGUUUUCCAUAUAUAAUGCGCAAGUAUCCGUAUUCCUCUACUAUGUUUCAGUAUGUGAACAAAUCAUGGCUAAUGAAAGUGAGAGCAAAAGUACUUUGAGCUUUCCUAGGUUCCCCCGAUAAUAGCGACCUUAAGCAUGUAGGACGGGAACGCAACGGCAAACAAACUCGUUGAACCAAAUGAUUGCAGAAGAAAACCUGUCGUCUAUUAUCCAUCGUAUGAAAAUAAUACAUUUUAAGGAUCAAGAUUAUCACUGGGUUUUUGAUUGAGAAAAGUUCUAGGACCCAAUUUAAAAUAGCAGUUGUCCCAGCUUGAAAUGUAAGCGUUGUACACAAGACGUGAUAAUCUGUAUUUUGCCGUUGUAAAACAGAGCUGCGCCGACGUCUAAAACGAACGUGGAUUUUAAUUAUUAAUUUCUGCUCACUUUCUUGCAUUAAUAUGACAUUAUUAGCUGUUCUCGUUGCACUUUCGUCCUGCUUUGUUGAAGUUCUUGAUAACGGUAGUUCUUAAUAAUUAUAAAAGUGUAAAAUUUAAGGUGGUUUCUUGACACAUCCCCGUACUAGAUUAAGCCUUGCUUAAGUGCGCUAAUAUCUAAAACUGGCUGCGCCUGUGCUCUGACAGAACUAGAAUGUAUUUAUUUCAUUGCAUUACCUCGACUUUCAGAAUGUCACAUUUUGACCUCGCAGUGUUUAUGUUUGCAUAUUUCUUGGAUACUUUGAUUGUUUGUUGGAUGUGUAGUGCAACUAAAACACCCACCUUAAUACAAAAGUUACAGUAACUGAACUACCAUCAAUGUAUAAAAUUAAAGAAAAUAUAGUCAAUAUUUGUAAUGAAAGUCUAAUUUUGAUACAAUUUUCCAAAUUAAAGGUUCCGAUCCAACUGGAGAGUUUUUUAAUCCUGCUUACGAUUGUUUGAAAAUUCUUGACAAAAAUCCGGAGGCAAAGGAUGGCUUUUAUUGGAUUAAAUUAUCUGGAAUAGUUCCAAAAAAG